AUGGAGUCUCACCUCAAGAAACACAAAAAGAACCUGGAAAAGGUUCAGAAGUUUGCGACAAAGCUCGUACCAGAAUUGCGAGGGAUGGGAUAUGAAGAGCGACUGAAAGAAUUUAACCUGACGACGCUUGGAAAAAACAGGAGGGGGCGGGGAGACAUGAUAAAGAUAUAUCAAAUACUUAGGGGGAUUGACAGACUGGAAAUAGAGGAAAUGUUCAAAUUGAAUGUCAAUAGAAGAAGGAGACAUGGGAGGAAGCUCGAGACUCAGAGUAAUCAUAGAGAUACUAGAAAGAUUUUAUUUACCAUACGAGUAAUGAGAUAA